UAAUGAAUCCAUUGGCAAUAAUUAUAGAGGAGCUUUGCUUAAUGAAUUUGGAUAAAGUAAUAAUUCCUGUUUGUUUGUAAAAUCAAGAAACUGGUAGUGAUCAUGUCAAACUCCUGGUUUUUAGAUUUCCAUGAGAUAGAUUACAGUGGUGUUUGAUUGUAAAUAUGGAAUUUAAUGCGUUGGGACUUGUCACUGAUAAAGAAGGGGACCCAUGUUGUUCUCGGGCUUUGUAUUUCUUUUUCCAUUGUUUCUCUCUCCUUACCCACCACCUUCAAGUUCUUACAUGAAUUGGACCUGACUAGGAAAAAGUAAAGUAAAUUCAGGGGUGGUUGGUUGAAUCUAAGGCCACCCUGCCAAUCUUAGAAAUCAAGCUAGUUAGCUUAGCUUGGGUAAUCACAGCAGUUGGCCGGAGACCAUCAGUGAAUGCAGGCAUUUGGUGUCUCUCCCACUACUUAAGGCUACUAGUCCUGCAAUGUACAAGGCAGUCUGUAGGGCAAGCAGAAGCCGCCAUAGUAUUGCUUCUGCAGACUCUGUAGCUCAUGUUGGGUUUACUUAUUAUUGUGUGUGUAUUGCAAUAAGGUCAACUACUACAAGUAAUGCCCACAUGGUAGCAAGAGGCAUUACAGCAGGAGAUAGUUGAUUUGUCCCCAAUUGAAGUGUUCAACAUUUGGAAGGAUUCAAGGCUAGGUUGUGCAUGCCAAACGGCUGUCUUUCCCAAAAGGGUAGUGCAGAUCUCCUUGUUCCUGGUGGAGACAUUUGACUCGAGCUUCAUGUUCUGCAACACCCACAUUGCAGAAUUCACUUGUCAAUAGCUGAAAUCCCACUGUCAGGCCAAAUAAUGGAGCAUUUGUUCUCCGCAUUCUGUCAUGAGAUUGUAGGGGAAUGAUAAGAUCCUGAGAUCUUUUAGUACUUGGUGCCUAGAUCCAGACUUGUGGCAUCAUAUAUACGGCCUCGGAGAACGUUUCUUGAAAUCUGAUACAUUUAGACUGCACAUUUACUGACUAUGGAUCGGGUGGCUAGUUCCGGGCUCAUUCCAGAGACUUUUCAAGGUGCCAGAGAUGACAUGACUGAGCAGCUUGGAUUGAUAUGGGAACAGAUAAGAGCACCCAUUAUUGUUCCACUGCUGAAAUUUGCAGUUGUUAUCUGUUUGGCAAUGUCUGUGAUGUUGUUUGUGGAGAGGGUGUAUAUGGCUGUGGUGAUAGUGUUGGUGAAAUUGUUUGGCAAGAGGCCUGAGAAAAAAUAUAAGUGGGAGCCCAUCAGGGAUGACAUAGAGCUUGGGAACAGUGCUUAUCCCAUGGUUCUAGUGCAGAUUCCUAUGUAUAAUGAAAAAGAGGUGUACCAACUUUCCAUUGGGGCAGCUUGUGGCCUCUCAUGGCCUUCGGACCGCAUCAUAAUCCAAGUCCUGGACGAUUCAACUGAUCCAACCAUCAAGGACUUGGUGAUGAUGGAGUGCCAAAGGUGGGCUAGCAAAGGCAUAAACAUUAAGUAUGAAGUCCGAGACAAUAGGAAUGGCUAUAAGGCUGGUGCUCUGAAGGAGGGGAUGAAAAGGAACUAUGUUAAGGAUUGUGAUUAUGUAGCCAUAUUUGACGCAGAUUUCCAACCGGAACCAGACUACCUAUGGAGAUCAAUUCCUUUCCUGAUGCACAAUCCUGAAGUGGCCUUGGUUCAAGCCCGCUGGAAAUUUGUGAAUGCGGAUGAAUGCUUGAUGACAAGGAUGCAGGAAAUGUCUCUGGAUUAUCAUUUCACCGUGGAGCAAGAAGUGGGUUCUUCUACGUAUGCCUUCUUCGGCUUCAAUGGAACUGCUGGGGUUUGGCGCAUACAUGCUCUAAAUGAAGCUGGUGGUUGGAAAGACCGCACAACAGUGGAAGAUAUGGAUUUGGCUGUUCGAGCAAGUUUGAAGGGAUGGAAGUUUGUUUUCAUUGGCGAUCUUUCUGUCAAGAAUGAAUUGCCUAGCACCUUCAAGGCUUACCGCUAUCAGCAGCAUCGCUGGUCUUGUGGCCCUGCAAAUUUGUUUAGAAAGAUGGUCAUGGAGAUCAUCAGAAACAAGAAAGUUACAGCUUGGAAGAAAUUUCACGUUAUUUAUGCAUUCUUCUUUGUAAGGAAGAUUGUUGCCCACAUCGUCACAUUCACCUUUUACUGUUUUAUUAUUCCCUUAACUGUUCUAGUUCCGGAAGUCACCAUACCAAAAUGGGGUGCUGUUUACAUUCCUUCAAUCAUCACUCUACUCAAUGCCGUGAGCACUCCCAGGUCUCUACAUCUACUUGUUUUCUGGAUCUUGUUUGAAAAUGUGAUGUCUCUGCAUCGCACGAAAGGAACUAUCAUUGGGUUAUUGGAAGCUGGCCGAGUCAAUGAGUGGGUUGUAACAGAGAAGCUUGGAGAUGCCUUGAAGCAUAAAUCAGGAAAACAGGUCAAGAAAAGUCGCUCAAGAAUAGGAGAAAGACUGCAUGUCUUGGAACUCGCGACUGGUGUUUUUCUUUUCUUCUGUGCAUCUUAUGAUCUUGCAUUUGGGAAGAACCACUUUUACAUCUAUCUCUACCUGCAAGCUGCAGCAUUUUUUGUGAUGGGAUUUGGAUACAUUGGGACAUUUGUACCCACCUCCUAAUACUAAAUAAGAUGGAGGUCAUCUUGUCUGUUAUCUAUUAAAUUCUCUGUGGCAGAUCAAGCCAGAUGUGAGUUCAAUUACUUAUGUAUAGAUUGUAUCUUCUCAUUCUUUCUAGAUGGAUAAGUACAUGGUAUAGUUCCAAAAGGGAUAGCACUCCGUGUGCAUUAUACUGUUACUUGUGGGAGAAGUCAUGUUUAGGGCUAUGUAUGUACCAAAUAAAGUCGGAUUCAAAUUCAUUUAUCCGAUGAGAGUAUAUUGGGUAUCUCAAGAGGUUCUACAAAGAUUGUAUGGGUGUCUCAACAGGCCAAAGUUACGAUCUUCUUAACUUUCAGGACAGUGUUAUUAACAGUCAAAGCAUUAUCAUCCAGAACUUGAAAUCUGCACAUGAUAUUUUUUGGAUUAAAAGGAAUGGUAUAUUUUGAGGAGAUGGACGCUGCACAGGGUUGACACCCAAAAUUAGUGGGUUUUAGGUUUACCUUCAUAGCCUGCAUAGAUUAUUGAUUCCUUUAAAAUUCUUUUGAUAGGUUGAGAUUUUCUAGAAUGCCCACUAGAAGUUGUUAAGUAGACCACUGAAUUUGUGAAGAAAUUGUGAUAUUGAAGCAGAAUUCAGUGGCUGCUUUCAGGUGGGAAGUUGAAAAAGGGUUGAUUGGCAGAUUUCUUUUGACCUUUCCAUCCUCCUUGCUUAUUCUCUAUGAGAUGUAGAAUUUGAACUUUAUUGUCUGUUAUUUGCAUAUACUGUUUGCUGGUGAAGCCCCACAUCUGCCCUGGCCAGUAAUAAAUUUUUUGGAUACACAUCUUGUAUGAGAUGUGUAAAUGAUUGUGUUUGAAAUAAUGGAAAAUGAAAAUUAGCUGGUUAUUUGUUC